AUGCCUAAAGCAGAUACGCCGCCGGGGUUCAGACCCCUCAAGGACACGAGCUUGUUCACGCCCUUUAAACUGGGCGCGAUCGCCCUUGAACACAGGAUAGUACAAGCGCCUUUGACGCGUAUGCGCUCAACCAAAGAAAGCGAUGGUGUCACAGUGCCAAACGACUUGGUAAAGGAAUACUAUAGCCAGAGGGCGACCAAGGGCGGCUUACAGUUGACUGAGGCCACCGACAUCUUCAAAUAUGCCGGAAAUUAUCCCGGAGCACCAGGGUGCUUCACGGACUCGCAAGUGGCCGCCUGGAAGAAGGUCACUGACGCCGUUCACGCAAAGGGUGGCUACAUAUUCUCUCAGCUUUGGCACACCGGUCGCGCCUCACCACCUUCCUUCCGUAAUGGUCAGCAAACCGUAAGCUCGGGCACAGUUCCCAUGACCGGUAAAUGGCUCGAUGGCGUUUCUUGCGAGGAGAACCCACCGCGAGCAUUGAGCGUAGACGAAAUCCACGACAUCACAAAGAAGUGGGGAGAGGCAGCAAAGAAAGCGCGCGAGGCCGGCUUCGAUGGCAUCGAGAUACAUGGCGCGAAUGGAUACUUGCUUGAGCAGUUCCUGCACGACAACGUCAACAACAGGACCGACGAGUAUGGCGGCUCCAUCGAGGACCGGAUCCGGUUUCCCCUUGAGGUCAUCAAGGAGUGCUGCAAGGCUAUUGGUGCUGACCGUGUCGGUAUCCGGUUAUCACCGUACAACUACUUCCAAGACACCAAGGACAGCAAGCCCAAUGAGCACUGGGAGUACCUUUGUGAGAAGAUCGCUGCACUGCCCGAAAAUGAGCGACCUGCAUACGUACACAUGGUCGAACCCCGCUUUGACGAAGUCCUCGAUGAGCAGGCCAAACUUGACGCUCUCUCUACCUACACUUCCAACCCUAAUGAAGGCGUCGAAGCGGAAGCUACCAUCAAGCCGAAGACUAACAACCUCACUCGCUUCCGCGAGAUUCUAGCAAAGGGUAACGUCCGGUUCAUCGCAGCCGGUAAUUUCAACCGUGACAAUGCUGUGCCCAAACUAGACGCAGGCGAUGCCGACCUCAUCAUCUUCGGUCGUCACUUCAUCGCCAACCCUGAUCUGCCCAAGCGAUUGGCAGAGGGCUUGGAGCUAAACCCAUAUGACCGCACUACCUUCUACGGCGCCGAUCCGCCGAGCAAGGGCUAUACAGAUUAUCCCUUCUACGAGCAGGCAACGACCGCGGCGUGA